AUGAGGAAGCCACCGAAGCCGGCCCAGCAACCACGCUCGACCACCGACCAAGUGGCUCUCCUGCGGAAGCGGGCUCCGCGAUCCAUGGCGGUCACUAUCGACCGACCGGCGGAAGAUGGCUCCCUUGCCUCCGUGAUGAAAAAGGUGUCGGGAUCGAUCAACCUCCAGUCCCUUGGCGUCAAGGUCCUGACGACAAGAAAGACCAGAGCGGGAGGAAUACUCCUCGAGGUUGAGGGGAGCGAAAAAGCCACACUGCUAGCCGGAAAGAUCCAGGAGGUGGUAGGAGAUGCGGCCAGGGUCAGGUUACCCGAGCCCCGUACGCCCGUUCUACUGCUGGGAAUUCCGGAAUGGGCAGAGGCAGAGAACGUCGUUGCGGUCGUCACUCAGGCGGGAGUCACCGGAGACCGCUCCGAGAACGUGACCAUCCGCAAAAACUCCGAUGGUAGAGGGGAGUUCGUUGCGAGCCUCCACCUGCCGCUCAAGGACGCAAUCACGCUGGCGGAGAAGAGAGCGGUCACCGUGGAGUGGACCAGGUGCAGGGUCAAACUGUUGGCCAGCAACCAACCAACCUGCUUCCGCUGCCAAGGGAAAGGUCACCUGGCUGCCGAGUGCCGGAACGAGGCCAAGCCUCGCCGCUGCUUUAGGUGCAAAGCCGACGACCACUUGGCCAAGGACUACAUGCAUCACACAGAGCCUCAGCACCAGGGGAUGACGCGGCAGCAACAACCCGAACAGCAUCAACAGCAGCGGUCCACCACGUCCAUCCUCGGGAAGAAGGAGUUGCCAGAUGAUGUGGCGGCGGCGGGGGCAGACGUAGCGCAGUGA